CCUGAUUUCCGGUACGAAGUGUCGGACUAAAAAAACGGAACCAUCACGGACAAAAUGACGUUUUAACGGGGGCCAGACAGCAACCGUCGUCGGGACGUCUGACGUCACUGGCGUGUUUCCCGCCCGCUGAGAGCAACAGUCGUCACCUCUGCGCGUCUCAUCCCGGGCUGCGAUGGUUCCUGGUGCGGCGUGUUGUUGAAUCCAGACGUCGCGGUCACAUGAUCCGCUCGGCGGGGAAGCGAGCUGUUGCGCGUGCACAGAAGUGAGCGCGUCUGCACGCACGCACGCGCACGCACAAGGACAGGCGGACAGAGGACAAAAGGGACACUUCCUGUCCGUCCUGGUCGACCGGAUGGGGGGGGAAGCAGAGCACGGCGGGCCGGCCGAGGGCUUCUUUUCCCGGCGUGUCCGCGGAUGACAGUGCAGUGCCGGUACCGCCCUCCGCCCAUUUCAGCCACUACCGGUCCGGCGGCACCAUGGGCCUGCGCAGCCGCUCGGUGAGCUCCGUGGCCGCGAUGGGCAUCGAACACAGUCCCGCCCUGCCCUUCGGCUUCUACACCUCCAGAAACGCGGACCCGGACCGGGCCGGGGGAGGAGGAGCGGAUGGAACUCCCGCCGCCUCCCACGGCACCGACUACCAGGACGCUGGCGGUGGACGGCACCACACGGAAGGUGUGCUCUACCUGGGCUCCCGGGGGUCCCUGGCCGACACCUUGCCCCUGCACAUCACCCCCCGCUGGCUCAGCGCGCACAGUGGCUUCAAGUGUCCUGUCUGCUCCAAGUCGGUGGCGUCAAAUGAAAUGGAACUUCACUUCAUCAUGUGUCUGAGCAAGCCUCGGCUCUCCUACAACGAUGAUGUGUUGGCGAGGGAUGCUGGCGAGUGUGUGAUCUGUCUGGAGGAGCUACAGCAAGGAGACACCAUAGCCAGACUCCCGUGCCUCUGUGUCUACCACAAAAGUUGUAUCGACUCGUGGUUUGAGAUCAACCGGUCCUGCCCAGAACACCCUUCUGACUGACCACAGGACCUGCGGACGAUGCUGGUCAAGGACUAGGUCGUAUUCCCGUGGUGGAAUUUGGGACACAAGCGCAACCAAACACGCAGAAACAAAGAGUUUGCAUACUAAAAGGAAUCAAAUCCCCUUAGAAGAUAACUUUUCCAAUGGAACCAAAACACAUCCUGAAAGGGCCC